AUGGUCGAGGCAAAGAAGAGAAAAGUCUCUCAAGUGACAAAGGUUGCCAAGCCUUCCAGAAUUUUCUCGCCAUUUAGGGUUGUAGGCAAUGUUUCUAACGAAACUAAAUUCGCAAUUGGUACCUUGGGUUCAACUUUCUACAUUGUCACCUCAGUGGGUCGUUCGUUCCAAAUCUACGAUGCUGCCACUUUGCACUUGUUAUUUGUAUCUCAGAAUCAGACUCCUAGUAGGAUCACUUUCUUAGCAGCACACUUCCACUUUGUGUACGCUGGUUAUGAUGGAAAGGUCGGAAUCUAUAAAAGAGGAAGACUUGUUGAAACUGUCGAUGUCAGCGAAGAUGACAGGGAAAAUGUUAACAUUAGCAACAUCCUUGUUUUCGGAGAUUAUAUGAUUGUAACAGUUGGUGAAAAGGUUAAAAUUUUCAAAAAGAAUGCCGAAACUAAGCUUCCAACUGAAACUUACACCACUCUUUCGAUCAAUGCGCAACUUGAUGGCCAAAUUGUUGAUUUAGUACACCCUCCCACUUAUCUUAACAAGAUCGUUGUGGCAACUACGAACAAUCUUUUCAUUUUUAAUAUCAGAACUGGUAAACUUUUGUAUAAGACACCAGACCAGCAAUUCGAGACUGGCAUGUCAGGUAAAAGCAGUAUUUCAUGCAUAGAAACAGCACCUGUCCUAGAUGUGUUAGCUGUAGGAACAUCAGUUGGGAAAGUUUACUUAUACCACAUGAAGAAGGGUAAAGUAUUGAGCGAAAUUUUAACCAAUCCUAAUGAAGGACAAGUAUCCGCUGCUGGCUCCAAAGUUACCUCAAUUUCAUUCCGUACUGACGGCUCUUCUCAUUUGGUGGCAGGUUUGAAUUCGGGAGACCUAUUCUUUUAUGAUUUAGAGAAGCAAGCUCGUGUUCAUAUCCUUCGUGGUGCACAUAAAGAUGCAUAUGGGGGAGUUGCUAAUGCAAAGUUCCUUAAUGGUCAACCGAUUGUUGUCACAAACGGUGGAGACAAUCAUUUAAAAGAGUAUGUAUUUGACCCAUCAUUAUCUACUACCAACAGCUCAAUCGUUUCUCCACCUCGUCAUUUAAGAUCCAGAGGUGGUCAUUCGUCGCCUCCAGUAGCUAUUGAAUUCCCACAUGAAGAUAAAUCACACUUCUUACUCAGUGCUUCCAGAGAUAGGACAUUCUGGUCCUUUUCUCUUCGUAAAGAUGCACAAGCCCAAGAAUUUUCUCAAAGGCCAUUAGCUAGUGUUAAAAGAGUUGCUGGGCCUUCGAUGAGAGAAAAAUUCUCCGAAAUUUCAUGCAUUGCUUCAUCUCAGGCUAGAGAGGACGACUGGGAAAACAUUUUAACAGGUCAUCAAGAUGAGAAAUUUGCAAGGACUUGGUCAAGUAAAUCCAAAAGAGUGGGUAGACAUCAAUUGGCCACCAUUGAUGGAGGUGUGGUGAAGAGUGUUUGCAUUUCACACUGUGGAAAUUUUGGAGUUGUUGGUUCAUCUGAGGGUGGUAUCGGGUCUUACAAUUUGCAAUCUGGUUUAAUUCGUAAGAAAUACGUUCUCCAUAAGAAGGCAGUUACUGGCUUAGCAAUUGACGGUAUGAACAGGAAGAUGGUUAGUACUGGACUCGACGGUGUCGUUGGCUUCUAUGAUUUUACUCAACUGAAAUAUUUGGGUAAAUUGCAAUUAGAAGGUCCAAUUACUUCCAUGCAAUACCACAAGAGCUCUGACUUGAUUGCUUGCGCUCUUGAUGAUUUAAGUAUUGUAAUCAUCGAUGUUAUUACCCAAAGAGUCGUUAGAAUCUUGUAUGGACAUACUAACAGAAUUACAUCCAUGUGCUUUUCGCCUGAUGGUAGAUGGAUUGUUUCUGUCGCAUUAGAUGGUACUUUAAGAACCUGGGAUUUACCUACUGGUGGCUGUAUCGAUGGUGUUAGAUUACCAAGUGUCGCUACUAUAGUGAAGUUCUCACCUUUGGGAGAUAUGAUCGCAACUACUCAUGUAAAUGGAAACGGAAUCUCUUUAUGGACCAAUAGAGCCCAAUUUAAAGGCGGCGUAUCUACAAGACAUGUCGAGGAAGAAGAAUUCCUGACCAUUUUACUUCCUAACGCUUCUGGUGAUGGUGGUAGCACAAUCCUCGAUGGUGCAUUAGAUGAUGAAGUGGAUGAAGAUGAUCACUUAUUAAACUCUUACACUCCUUUGGAUCAAAUUGAUAAAAACUUGAUCACCUUGACAGUUUCUGAGUCGAGAAGUAAAUACAGCAAUCUUUUACAUUUAGAUACUAUCAAGCAACGUAAUAAGCCCAAAGAAGCUCCAAAGAAGCCAGAAAAUGCACCAUUUUUCUUACAAUUAACUGGUGAAGCAGUUGGUGAUAGAGCUUCUGUUGCUGAAGGUGCAAAGCAGCUGAAUGGAGAUGCCUCAAAUGGAGCCGAUUCAGCUAAUUUUGAUGACUCCUCUUCAAAACUCCGUAAGCUCAAGGAAGGUACUCAUGCAUUUGAAUCUGAAUUCACUCGUUUACUCAGAGAAGGUGCAGUCACCUCAGACUUUACAGAAUUCUUAUCCAACCUCGUUCUGUUGUCUCCUGCUACUACUGAUCUCGAAAUUAGAUCGUUAAACACAUUCCCACCUUUGACAGAGGUUACAAACUUCGUAGAUGCACUCACCCAAGGUUUAGUAACAAACGAAAACUAUGAUUUGUACCAAGUUAUAUUUUCGCUCUUUUUGAAGCACCACGGUGAUGUAGUUAAGAAUUUCAAGGACGCAAAGUUGAGUGAAGCUUUGGAUAAUUGGGCAGAAGCCAACACCAAAGGGCUGGAUAACAUGGAUGAAUUAGUUAAAUAUUGCUCUGGAGUCAUAAGCUUUUUAACUACUGUUUAG